GCAGCUUCGCACAUAUCUCAUAUAAACAACGAAAAGAUUAGUGUCUUAUUUGUUGUUUUUAUUUCUCUAUUUUAAAAAUAAUAUUAAAAUUGCUACCUAAACCUGAAAAUUCUGAAACUGAAAAAAAUAUCUCCUUUUUGGAAAACCUAUGAUUUAGCCUUGAUUUGUGACAAGAAAAUCCAUCUGGGCUACCUCAAAAAUUGAAUUUUUCUUACAGUGAUGUGCAUAUUGAAAUUCUUGGAGGAAAAAAAUGGCGAAUCUUGUUCCAGGGGUGCUUUUGAAGCUAUUACAACACAUGAACACAGAUGUGAAGGUAGGUGGUGAACACAGAUCAUCACUGUUACAAGUUGUUAGCAUUGUUCCAGCACUUGCUUCAGGUGGCGAACUUUUUCCAAAUCAAGGUUUUUAUCUUAAGGUUUCUGAUUCAUCUCAUGCUACUUAUGUUUCUUUACCUGAUGAACAUGAUGAUUUGAUUUUGAGUGAUAAAAUUCAAUUGGGUCAGUUUGUUUUUGUUGAUCGUUUUGAAGCUUCUUCACCUGUUCCUGUAAUUAGGGGUGUUAAACCUGUUCCUGGUAGACAUCCUUGUGUUGGUACACCUGAGGAUAUUGUUGCUACACAUUCACUUUCAUUUCUUGAUAACAAUAAUGAUGUUAAUGAUAAAAACAAGAACAAAAGUAACAAAGAUAAGAACAAUGUUGUUUGUUCUGAGAAUCCUAGGAGUAUGUUUGGUUUCAAGGAGAAAUUUGAUAGAGGGAGAUUAAGUUUAGGUGGGGGUAGUUUUAAGGAGGAAUCAUUAGGGAAGAAAAAUGGGAUUUUUGGAGGAGGUAGUAAAACUCAGGCUCAGAAAGCGAAACCGGCGUUGAAGAUUGAUGUGAAGAAGGAAACAUUACCUCAAUCGUUAACUAGAUUGAGGUCAGUGGGUUCGAAGUCGAUUCCUUCUUCACCUAGUAGUGUUUAUUCAUUGCCUAAUUCUUUUGAGAAAUUCGCUAAUGGUGUUAAGCAGCAGAGGGCAAAGGUUGGUGGUAAGGGAGUGGAGAAGGUUGAGGCAGGAAAGGGUGGGAAAAAGAUUGUUAUGGGAAAUCCAAUUAGAAAUUUGGUGCAAGGGUUUGAUUUUGGGGCCAAGGCUCUAAGAAAGAGUUGGGAAGGGAAUAUGGAGGUGAAGACUAAAGACUCUUCAAAAAUCAAGGGUGUUUCUAAGGCUGAAGUUCAUAGCUCGACUCCUAGGAGAAGCAUUCCAAGUGCAAAGUUGCCAUCUAGAGAGGUUAAAGCACCGGUAAAACCCUCUAAGGAAGAACAAAAGCCUCAAAUGUCUAUAAAGAAGGUUACUGCUAACAGGACUUCAGAGGAACAUGAGAAGUCAAGUAAGCAAAGGACUUCCAUUGGAAAGAAAUCGGCGGAAGUUUCUAACAAUGGACUACCUGGAAACAUGGUCAAAGUUUCUUUAGGUAGUAGAAAAGUGACAGAUGCAAGUGUUCAGUGGACUUCACUCCCGUCGUCUAUUUCAAAGCUUGGAAAGGAAGUAAUGAAGCACAGAGAUUCUGCGCAGCUGGCUGCAAUUGAGGCUAUGCAAGAAGCCGCAGCAGCUGAGAGUUUAUUACAAUGUCUGAGUAUGUAUUCGGAGCUGACGAAUUCUGCGAAGGAACAUAACCCACAGCCAGCAGUAGAGCAGUUUUUAACUCUUCAUGCUAGCUUGAAUAGUACCCGAACAAUUGCCGAAUCUUUAUCUAAACCCAUUCCAGAUGGUUCGUCUCCGGAUCAUGAAAAGAGCAAAGUGGAAGAAGCACUAAAACUAAAAACAGACAGACAAAAACAUGCCGCUUCCUGGGUCCAUGCUGCCUUAGCCACCAAUCUGUCAUCUUUUGCCGUUUUUACAAAAGAAUCUCAACAAUCUAAGCUUCCAGCUUCGAGUAAUUCUCAAAAUCAAAAGACUUCUGUGGGAAUUCAGCCCGCAUUAGUCCUACACAACUCAAGCGAAGAUUCAUCGUCGAAAGUUCGUGUAAAAACUCGUCCGACAGUGAGUUCCAAACUUGUCUCACAAGGCAUCAUUCCUCGCAAAUCGACCGAUGGAUCAGCAAAUGGGCACAAGCAACUGAUGCAACCCCCACCAGAGUGGGUUAGAGGAAGUGGCCUCGAUGAGGUGGUUGAUUUGGCUGAUAUGUUGGAGUUACAGUCCCGAGACUGGUUUUUGGGAUUUGUUGAAAGAUUCUUGGACAGCGAUGACGACACUACCUUGUCAGAUAAUGGCCAAAUAGCAGGUAUGCUCACUCAACUGAAGAGCGUAAACGAUUGGUUAGACGAGAUAGGGGUUAGCAAGGAUGAAGGAGAAUUGUGUCAGAUAUCGGCAGAGACAAUCAACCGGUUGAGAAAGAAGAUAUAUGAAUAUCUUCUUACACAUGUUGAAUCUGCCGCUGCUGCACUGAGCGGCGGAUCACAAUCAUUGCCACAGAUCCAAACAACCCAGGUUAAAUCCAAAAGGUGAGUGCAUGAGUACAUAACUUAGCUUAACAGUGCUUAAUUGUAGGGAUGAGUGGGAUUAACAUUAACCUUGUUGGUCAGUAAAAGUUGUCCAAGAAGCUAAAUCCAUUCUAAAAAUUCAAUUUUUUUUUCUCUGUCUCUAUCUUCUGUUUGUACAUAAAUCCUAUAUGGGGUUUGAGGUAUAGAUAGAUGGAGUGCUAAUUAUUUGUUAGGAGAGUAACAAAUAUGAUUUGUGAGAAUAUUGUUAUUUCUUUCAUUUUUCUGAAUACUGUUUAGAUGAAAAUUAUACAGAUUGAAACAGUGAAAGCUAUCAACAGACAUGGUCUUUUCUA